CAAAAAGUCCUCAAAAAUUAUUGAAUGACCUCGCUCAAAUCAAACAAGUAUCUAAAUCCGACUUAAAAGCCUUUUUAACCCAAGACCACACUUCCUUUAGUGUCUUGUCAGUCUCCACUAAACACAUUGAAUCCACUGACCGAAUUAGCGUUACCUUAUCUAAGAAUUCGGCUCAAUCCUUUUAUUUAGACCAACCUAAAAAAACUAAGCCAGUCGAGUUGCCAACCACUCCUAAAACUAAACCCGAUGACUGUCUCCAAGAUGCGCAAAACUGCGUUUACUUUUCCUUUUUUAACUCUAAAGAAAAGAAGUUAUACACUCGUUUUAAAGAUAAAGUCGAAGCCAACUUUGAGGGAACCCAAGGUGAUCAACCAGUCUUAUUUCUCACUUUAACUUUCAACACCACUCACGAUAACUAUUAUGCUUUUACUACUAAUACUGAUCCGAAUGAUGCUUCCAAGUAUUUAGCCAAAAGUUUUCACUUACGCUCGCUCUAUACUCAACAUGGUUUUCAAGCCCACAAUAAAGCCUAUCGUUUUUUUAAAAAUCUUUACCAAUACGACCAAAAGCCUGCUCUUCUAAUCUCCAAACAUAAACUGGAUGCUCAAAGUGGUCAGCAUCUGCCCAAAAAUCAAAAAAUUUUUCGCCAUUACGAUUACCAUACCGCCCAAACUACUUAUUUUUACCGCACUAACGAGCAAUUAGUGGGUCAAGCCCAAAAACCUUAUCUCAAUAAAAAGCACUUUAGAUUAGGAACUCGCACUUUAAACCCCUUAACUUUACUAACUUUAGCCACUAAACAUAAUAAAAAAGAAGUCUAUUCGCUCAAAAAACCUAAACGGCCACUCAAUCAUGACUUCCAAGCAUUCUUAAUCACCCGUUUAUUACUUUUAUGUAAAUCGGCGGAAUUCUGUCAUCUCCCCUUAGAACAAGAAAGAGUCAGCAAAGAAAAUGGUGCUUGCGACCAACUUCCUUAUACCCAUUUUCAAACCAAACCCGUUUUGCGGUUCACUUUUUUACCUGAACAAGCCUCUAUCAUUAGAGCCUUUAUCGAUAAAUUAGACACUUAUGCUGAGGAAUAUGACCUCGAAGAAAGCCAAGAUUUCUAUGCUUACCCGAUUAUCCAUGACCAACAACAUGAACUCACUCAGCAACUAGAAACUAAAUAUCAAUUACUAAUUAUCAAAAUCAAUGAACUAAAAACCGGUCAAAUUGGCUCAGAAUUUAGUCCAUCCGAAUUAGAACUAAUCGCCCAAGCCUUAGAAAUAUCCCGCUUUUUAGAAAUAAUUUUUAAAGCCAGAAAAGAAAAUCAAAAACCAUCACCACUCAACCUUGUCCAAGGUGCCAAGCCACUAAAACUAAACCCCGAAUCAAUAUUCAAUUCCAUGCCUCAAGAACUCCAAAUUAAAACUCGAAUUACUGAGAUUGAAUCCAAAACCGACAAAAACGGCAAUCCGUAUGUUCGUCUGACCCUCCACGGACUAGUUAACCGUUAUUUUUAUGCGUUUAGUAAUAGUUUAAAAACCGAAACUUUGACUGCUUUAACUACUACUCCUUACAAUUUUAUUAACCGGCAAGUCCUGAUUACUUAUCAAGAACUCCCUAAUCAAACUAAUCAAGGAACUUUUACCGGUUAUCCCACUUACGGAAUUGAAAUAGAAGGAGAUAGCCAAGACCCCGUAGUCUUAAUUCAAGAUUUCUUAACUUGGGAUGGAAUAGAUGUUUUUCAGUAUAAAGUUAAACCCCAACUAAUUAUCUGCAAUCCACCCUUCAAUGGCUAUGUGUUAUUUGCUCCGGCUGGUUUUUGUGCCAACUUAACCCUCGAAAGCAAAAGGUUAGCCAAAUUUGAUAAUGGCACUUAUCCACCAAUAGCAAGUCGGAUUACUUUACCCAAAAACAUUUUCGAAGGAGUAAUCUUCCAUA